UUUCCUGGUAAAAUCUGACUUUUCGCCUGCGUCUUCCAGAUCUUUCAGGAUGGAUGCACCAGAAGCAGGUCCUAGUUCUGAUAGCGGCAGGACGCGAGGCGGCAGAGGAUCUCGCAGAGGCGCAGCAAGAGGUCGUGGAGAUUCCUCCAACGCACCUUCCCGAGGUCGUGGCGCCAGCAGAGGCAGACCGUGGUUCCGUCCACACUUCUGGAACUCCCGACGCAAUGAACCGGCUCGCGAGAAGCCCAUUUCCGUGCCUGUGUCACUCAAUGGCGGGUCAGAAGAGCCACAGGUGGUUUCCUCGGUGAAUCGUCGCUCUGUGGCGAAUUUCGCCGGCUUCCGGACAGCAGAAAAGUAUCCGGACUGGAAAUUGUACCUUCCCCGCGAGGCGCACAUGGAGGGCAGUCAAAUGGCUAGGAAAGUGGAGGCAUUUGCCGAUCAUGUGGCGAGGAAUCCGGGUGUUUAUGAGUUGGAGACGAUUCAGCAGAAGCUGAACUUCGAGGUGAACCUGGAAGUUGUGCAGGAAGAUUCUGUCUUCAAGGCAGAAUGGGCCACUUUCGGUGAAGAUCUCCUCAAUGACCCUGAAAAUACUCUCGCGUGCCUGGCAAUCGCUGUGCAUCACAAGAUCCUGAAGCUGGACGGUCAGAAUUCCGCCUUCCAGCGCACCAUCAGACCGAAAAUCGUGGGCUUCGGGCCGAUCAUCCACAUGAAGACGCUGAAAGUGAGCACUUGCGGGAAGAUGAUCAGCAUUAAGGGCACCGUGACGCGCUUGGGAUCCGCCGAGAUCAUCUGCACGUGGAUGGCGUUCGAGUGUCCCGAGUGCGGAAGUGCGCAAGUCGUCAGACAGCCGGAUGGGAAGUUCCUGGUCCCGAAGUCCUGCACAGGAAAGGGCAUGUGUCGCAACACGUCGAACUUCGAGUCACUCCUCACGUCUCACUUCACCAGGAGCGAGAGUGUGCAGACGAUUCUGCUGGAGGAGAGCAUCAAUGAGCGCGGCGGAGAUGCUCAGCGCGCGCCGCGGAGCAUCGAAAUCGAGCUGACGAAUGACAUGGUGGAUUCUGUGUGUCCAGGAGACGAUGUCACGAUCACGGGUGUGCUGAAACUUCGCUCGGGCGAUGAGCAUCAGAAGGACAAGGCGCAAUCCUUCGUCAGUUAUAUUCGCGCUGUAAAUCUCAUCAGCAAUUCCGGCCCAGUGAUGAAGAAGACGCUGGAAUUCACGCAGAAGAGUCUCCGCGCCAUUGAGCUGAUCAGGAGUGAUCCCUUUCCGCUGCGUCUGCUCGUGCACUCCCUGGCGCCGUCCGUGCGUGGCUACGAGAUGGUCAAGGCGGCUCUGCUGCUGGGCCUCUUCAGUGGCAAUCUCAGCGACAACAGCAGCUUCCGUUCAGAGGUUCACAUUCUCAUCGUGGGCGAUCCGGGCUUGGGCAAGAGUUGCAUCCUCAAGGGCUGUGCCGCCGCGGCUCCGCGUGGCAUCUUCACCAGCUGCUCGAGCAGCUCCCGGACUGGCCUCACGGCCACGGUGAAGACGGAGAAGGGCGAGGGAGCGACGCUGGAAGCAGGCGCUCUCGUGCUGGCGGAUCAGGGCGUCUGUUGCAUCGACGAAUUCGACAAGCUGGCCUCCAAUCACGCCUCAAUGCUGGAAGUGAUGGAGCAGCAGAGCGUCAGCGUGGCCAAGGCGGGCGUGGUUUGCACGCUGCCCGCGCGAACCACCAUCCUGGCAGCGGGGAAUCCCAUCUCUGGUCACUACGAUCACUCCAAGACAGUGUCUGAGAACCUGAAACUGCAUCCUGCCGUGCUGUCGCGCUUCGACAUUGUCUUUAUCCUCAUGGAUCAGCGCGGGAAGGACUUCACGCUCUUCUCGCAGUCUGGCCAAUCCUUUGACGCCUCCAUGCCACUUCACAAGCGUCUCGAGCUGCGUCCUGGCGAGCACCUGGACGCCCUGCCGCACGUGCUGUUCCAGAAGUACGUCGCCUAUGCGCAGAAGAUCGGCAAAGUGCGCCUGACGCCGGAGGCGGGAAAUCUACUGCAAUCCUUCUGGCAGGAGCUGCGCAGGAUUCGCCUGGGGACGCAGUGCAUCCCAGUGACCAUUCGUCAGAUGGAGGCCAUGGUGAGGAUGACAAUGGCACGCGCCAGAGUGGAUCUCAGCGCUGAAGCGACUGUCGAUCAUGCCAAAGACGUGAUCGAGAUGAUGAAGUUCAGCAUCAUUGACGUCCUGAGUCCGGACGGCGGCAGCACGAUUGAUGUGGAGCGCGGAAUCAACGGCAGCGGGAUGAGCAAGGCUAGUCAGGUGCGCAAGUUCUUCGCCGAGAUCCAGACGCGAUCCGUGCAGAAGCGCACACACGACUUUCACAUGGAUGAGCUGAAAUUUGCCGCCAACAAACUCGGCAUGGCGAACAUCCUUCGCGACAUGCUCGAAUCGCUCAACACUCAGGGAUUCAUUCUCAACUGCGGCAACGGAUUCUACAGGCUUCUCUAA